AUGGUGUAUCUAUCAAGCAGAAAUAUGCAGGCCAUCAACAUGCUCUCCUCCUCCUGGGCCACAGUCUUGUUGACAAUAGGAAUCAUCGUGGAUGAAUGGGUGGAGCUGAUCCCCAAAAGACAAAAGAUCAAGGUGAACCACAGUCCAUGGAUGACAUGCUGCAUUACUACUUGGCCAGAAGGUGAGCUGGAAAGAAUCCGGAUGAUGAUGAUUGCAGUCCUCGGCAUUUCCUUCUCCCUUAACUUGAUCCUGGGUCUGGAAUUCACCUAUGUGAUUCCUCAGAACAUAUAUAUGCACCUCCUCACUGCCACCGAAGGUCUCCUCUCAGGUAUCCUUCUGGUCUGUGCACUCCUACUAUAUCACCAAAAGCUAAGACAAGGUGAAACCGUAUAUUUCACUAGAUACAAGAUCUCCCUGGCCACUUUCAUUGCCUACCUAAAUGUUUUCUUCUUUUUUGUCACUGGAAUCAUCUCUCUCAUACAGUGCAAGCAGUCCAUAAAUUGCAGCACCUGGCUGCACCUCACUAAUCCUGCCAAGGAACGUGAGAAUACACAGCUGCCUAAGACUUCUGUCCGGGUGAUGUCAUCACCAGAAAACACCAUAAUGCCUCGCAGCAUUGUCCGCAUGCACUCCUCCAUGAGCUCGAAGGAAGAUAUUCCAAGCAAAUCACAAGUCCAGACGCGUCAUGUGACCUGGGCUUUACGAUUUGACAGUGGGUACCUUUCAGUACAUGCCCAUCUUUAUACAACUGCUUUGUGA